AUGAGAAGAAAGAAGAAUGAACGUCCAGCCAGUACCCGGAUUAGAACCGAAAUGGACAACGUUGAAAAGGAAAAGAGAAGGUGUGAGAUUUGUCGAGAAAUAGGUCACAUGCGUAGAAAAUAUCCAAAUGUAGUCGACCCGUCUAGAUAA